GCAGACUGGUCUUUCCCCCGGCAACACCGGCGCAAGCGGCGGGAGGCCCACGUUGUUUUCUGCAAGGCCAGGGAGAACGCAUCCAAGGAGCAUUGGCGAAGCAGCGCCUCAGAGUUGUUGUGCGUUUACCCGCUGGUGCGGCAUUUCGCUUGCAUUGUUAUCUUGCCGAAUGUCGAUGAGCUGCGCGACGAGGUUGCGUCCCUCUGCCAUUGCUUCGCUGUGAGUGACAAAAUUCAAAGGGCGAAGGCGGGCGACAUCGAUGCCUCGGCCCUCGAAGCUGCAGUUGAUCGCCAUGCGGACGCACAUGAAAAAGCAUACGGGGCCGACAAUUGGAAACCAAAGUUUCAUUUGACGACGCACAUUCCCGAGCAAGUGGAGAAAUUCGACGUUGCGUUGGAUUGCUUCGUCGUUGAGAGGUCGCACCUUCUGCCGAAAAUGAUUCUGGACAACCAAGAUAUACUGAAAGGCUUCGAGAAAGCUGCAAUUUCUCGCGUGCUGUUGGCGCGCCUGCAGGAGCUCGAAAGUUUCGACGAGCGCCCAGGGCUCAGGGGGGGCGAUGCGGAGUUGUCGCCGCUGCUUGCUGAAGCAGUCGGCGGCGACGUCGUCCUUUCAUCCAGCGCUGCUUUCAAGGGCUUGCUUGUUUGGGCAGGCGACGUGGUGCACGUGCAGAGCAAUUUUUUCUGCGUCGCAGCUCUGGGCCAACGGGGAGACGAUCUAUUUAUUCUUGGGCACGAGUGCGUCGUGAUCGAGAAGCGGACGCCGAACGCGUCAGUCCUGCGGAAGGACGGCGAAUUUCUUCUUGCGUGGUGGAGCGGCGAAUCGGUUGAGACGUGCCACGCUUGGUCGGAGCUCGCCUCUGGCGACAUUCUUGCCUUGCGCUGA